UGAAGCUGCAGAGAGAGAGAGUCACGGAGAAAUACGAAAAGAGAGGGCGAGAGAGGCUGUCUGGCUCCAUGUCUGCCCCUGCCCCUUCCACCCGGAGGUCUGCGUCAGGCUCACGCAGACGGACAGCUGCCCCAGUCAGCAACAGAGAUCCCUAUGGCAAUGCCUCUCUCAGCAGCAGCAGCACUAACUCUGGCUCCUGCAAGGGCAGUGAUUGCAGCCCCACCAAGGGGCGUCACAUGAAGGCAUACACCUCAUGUACAGAUAACCAUGGCAUCCGCCCCCCUCCCCCCGAGCAGUACCUCACACCCCUGCAGCAAAAGGAGGUGUGUAUCAGACACCUGCGAGGCCGCCUUAAGGAGACGGUCGACAGGCUGCAGGACAGGGACUCUGAGAUCGAUGCGUUGAAGACCCAGCUGUGUCGGAUGCAGGAGGACUGGGUUGAGGAGGAGUGUCACCGCGUGGAGGCCCAGCUGGCUCUGAAGGAGGCGCGCAGGGAGAUCCAGCAGCUCAAGGAGGUGGUGGACGUGGUGCGCACCAACCUCAGCUCCAGCGACUCCACCGACACCGGUGUCCAGAAAUACUUCCAGGACAUCAACGUCCAGAACCACAAGCUGGAGACCCUGCUGCUCAGCAUGGAGCAGGCUCAGAACGGGGUGGCCAAGGAGCAGGAGGCUGCUGCUGCAGCAAGAGGAGUGGCAGGGGGGUCUCGGGCUGGGAGGCCUGGGACUGCGGGGUCAUGGCCCGGGAGUAGUCCCGCUGCAUCAGGGACUGGAGGGGGUGGCUCGAAGAGUCUGUGUGGGUCCUGUGACGGCUCCCCCUCCCGUUCUCUGACCCAUAGCUCCACCUACACCAAGCUGAGCGACCAUGCACUGGCGGAUAAGAACGGGAAUGGCCUGUCAGGGGAGGAGAACCAUGACAGCGGCUUUGUGUGUUGUGGGGAGAAUCACAGUCACAGUGCAGCCAGCAGUCACAGGGCAGACUUGCUCCUGGAGGCAGCCUUCCUAUCUGAGGAGACAGCCUCACUGCUCAGCACCUACUCCCACCUGCCGCACUCCUCCACCUACGAGAAGCUGUGCACCGGGCAGGACAGGGUGGUGCCCCUGCGCUGUGCCAUGGGUGGGGCGGGCAGCACCAGCCACUCCUGUCUGUCCCACCACCACCUGUACCUGCACCACCUCAGGGAGCAGGCCGUCCAGACAGAGAGCUGCCCCAUCCCCGUGGGAUUGGGCUACGCAUCUGACCUGGACACCAUCGCUGAGCGCACCUUCCGCUCUCAGGCCUGCAGCCCCACCUCCACCUGGGUCUCAGACGAGGGCGACGACCUGGACUCGGUUACCAUGACGUCAGUCACCAUGACAACCCUCACAGCUACAACAGCUGAGCCCGCUCCUGGCACUCCUUUACCCAGCUCUGCCUCUGUCUCCUGUGCAGUGGAUAUGCCCUCCCUCUCAGUGAAGGAGAAUGGGGAGAUGGUGGGAGAGUUGGAGAGGCAUAUGGAGGUAGUGGGGGAGGGCGCGGUGGGGAUGGUAGGCAAGCAGCAGGAGGAGGAUGUGGGAUUGGUACAGUUGUGUAAGCAGGCGGAGGUAAAGGUGCUGGGGUUGGUGGGGGAGGGGGAGGGGAAGCAGGGGGCGGUCAGGGAGUUAGAUCUAGAUAAUCAGAGGGAGGAAGUGGAGGAGCUUUUGGAGGUGAGGAAUCAGGGAGAGGUUGAGGAGGCGAGGUCAUUGGAGGUGGAGGAGCGGCCCCACACCUCCCAGCCCAGGAGCAGCUCGCUACAGCAGGAGAUAGCUGGGGUGACAGUGGUGGAGGGUAAUGAUGAUGAUGAAGAGGCUGAGGUUCGGGGAGCAGAGGAGUCUACCUCUUCUGGGUCUGGACCCGCAGUGAAGAGCUACUGGAGCCGCCACUUCCUUGUGGACCUGCUGGCAGUGGCAGUGCCCGUGGUGCCCACGGUGGCAUGGCUGUGCCAGGGGGCACGGCGCGAUGGACUGCCAAUUUACCACUUCGGCUCCCUGCUGCGUGGCUGCUGCACAGUGGCCCUCUCCUCCCUGCGCAGGGGUGGGGGAGUCAGGCACUACCCCGCGGGCACGGGUGGCGGAGCCAUGGGGGGCACAGAGAUCUGAGACAGGCCACAUGACAGCCUGGGAACUGCACACACACACAGCACUGCCCUCUCUGGUCCUGGGUUCAUCCUCCACCUGAAGUACUGGGUAAAGAAAGGAGGGGAGCGAUGAUUUUGAAUAAAUGAUUCUGAAGACAGGAAAGCCCCAGCAAACCGUAUAACCCUCUCCCGUGGUGGCCUCUUCCACCUCUUCUGCUGGACUGAGAAGGGACGCCAGGAUGUGUCGAACUGACACUGAAUGGUAGAACUGAAUGAUUGAAUGGACAAUGAAUGACCUGAGUGUGACUGAUGGUGAUUGUAACCGCUCUCUCUUGUGUGCAGGGAGACUGAAAGGUCUGUCCGUCACUGUGGCUCUCUUUAUUGGUCCAGUUCCAUUUUAACUUGUGUGUAAGUGUGUGUAUGCUCACACGACAUGCGUGCUCACACAAUGUGUGUGUUGUCUGAGUGUGCAGCAUGUGUGUUCUUCUCUGUGUUGUGUAGCCAAGUACGUACAUUGUGUAGCCAAUGCUCCUAGAUGUCUGGAGGCAAUCACAGCCAUAGCUGUUCAGUAGUUGGUAUACUCAUUUACGAGUGAAUGACUGGAGUCUUGACACAUGGCAGUUCUCCCCUAAAGGUACCAGGCAAGCUGCUGCUGUACAUUUCUGCUUCCUGCCACUGGUGUCCAGAUUAACAAUCACUCUUGUAGCAUUAAGUCCAUGUCCAUCGUCCAAGAGUUAGUUAGUCAUUCCAGAUCCAUGAACCGGAAACAUCUCAAGAAGGAAGCAAAUAGACAUAUAAUAAUUGAAACUAGGUUUAUUUUUCUUUCAAAAAUAGGAAAGGGAUUAUGAACUUUGUGAGGAUUGUCAUGGUAAUUUGUUGUUAUUGGGGUGUUUGCAGUGUUAUGACUGAGAUGGAAGAAUCUGAGUGUCUGAUUGUUUGGGGCUGUAAUGGAUGGAAAGUCAUUGAGGCUGAGCAAGCAGACUGUACUGUAACGUUUUAAUAGUAGUCUUUGUUAGGGACUUAUGAGCCAAACAAGCGCUAAAUGAUGUCCUGGAGAUUGUGAUGCAACCAACAAGAACAGUCCUUUGUUGAAGUAUAUUGAGUUCUUUACAGAAGAAACGGGAUAGAUCUUAUUUCUGUAGUAAUUUAUUAACAAUGUUUUGCACUAUUAUUCACUUUAUGAGGUUAUUAAGCAAUUACUUGAAGUCAAGAUUGUAUGUUUCCAUGGUCUAAUGCGGCCACAGUUUUGCUUCUGGGUUUUUUUUUGUGUUCAAUAUACUUUCAAACAGAUGUAACUGUAUUAUGGAAUAUGUUUCAAAGCAAAGAUGCCAUUUUCCUUUGAACACUGAAAAACAGUUGCCUUCCGUCCAUGACUUUCUUUUCCUGUACACAAUAGGGAAUAUCCUUCUCUAAAUGUUUUGCUGCUUUCUGGAAAGUGCGCUGGAUGUGCGUUUGUUGUUGAUGUUUCUCUAUUCCUUUCCAUUUCUGCUGCUUGACAAUCCCUGCUGUGCAUGUUUUUGCUUAUUUAACCUCUUCACGAUGACUUCCAGCACUUAUGAGUAGUGAAACACACGAGCAGCACUGACAAAAUAGAUUGACUGGUGAAUGAAUGAAAUGCUUGGAGUUCUCUUACACACCUUUCACUGUUGUCAUGUACUUUAGAUAUUAACACUUUCCACAACCCUGUUGGAAUUUGUAAUGUGACUUGAUAUUCUGCGUUGCUGUAAUUUCUUCCCCUUCAUGUUUCAUCAUCAUGACCUGUGAAUGGCCCCCCUGCCGUUUGAAAAAGCCUGCUUUGUGUAAGUAGUUCAGGAAGCCAUAUUCCUUCUUGUAAGGUGAAUGUGUUUGAGAAUGUCUCUAGCAGAAACACAAUGAUGAAAGUAUAGUGUGAUUGAUAAUAAUCAUAUUGAUAUGCAUUUAUAGAUGACUCAUCUGAAGUCUCCUCAACAAUACAUGGCGUGUAGGUCCACGACCCCCCCCAGGAGUGUUUGUCGCUGUAUUUACACAGGCAUCCCAAUUCUGAUGUUUUGGCCAAUAAUUGAAAAAAUAUCUGAUCUGAUUGGUCAAAAUACAAUAUAGUGGCAAAAGAUCAGAAUUGGCUACCUGUGUAAACACAGCUACUGUGGCUUGUUAAACCUGUACUGGACUAUUUUAUAUUUAUCAAGCAAUUAAUUGGUGUUUUAACAGUAAAACAAUGCCCCUUCAUUAUGUACCUCUAUGCACAACAAAUCAAGCUUAACAGCAACGUUUGUGUCUGUGGUGUUAAGUGAAUUACUAAAGGCUAACAGGUCAUGCUCGUGUUAUAGUUACCAUCUGCUAAUUGUUUGUUAUUGCCCCACGUCUUUGUAUUUUUCUGGGUUUUGAAGCAUAAUUACAUUUCUGAUGUUCUGGUCUUGCCACCAUAGCACUUGAACAUGCCCAGUUCUCUCCACCCGUUGCUCUGAUGCUUGAUUUGAUCAUGCACUGCUAUGAUGUCACAUAGUGUAUCUGUCCUUUGACAUUUUAUUUUGGGGAUAAUUCCCUUUCCCCACUGUGUACUGGUUGUAUGUGAAAGGCUUUAAGCAUCAACAAAGAUGAUCAGGGUGAUGGGUUUAUUUAUAGCUCAAAAUAACUACCCAAAUCACAUUGGGAGUCAUUGGAGUUUGUAUUAGGACAUACCUAUAGGUCAUUGGAGCUUGAGUUAGGACAUACCUGUAGGUCAUUGGGAGUCAUUGGAGCUUGCUUUAGGACAUACCUGUAGGUCAUUGGGAGUCAUUGGAGCUUGAGUUAGGACAUACCUGUAGGUCAUUGGGAGUCAUUGGAGCUUGCUUUAGGACAUACCUGUAGGUCAUUGGAGCUUGCUUUAGGACAUACCUGUAGGUCAUUGGGAGUCAUUGGAGCUUGAGUUAGGACAUACCUGUAGGUCAUUGGGAGUCAUUGGAGCUUGCUUUAGGACAUACCUGUAGGUCAUUGGGAGUCAUUGGAGCUUGAGUUAGGACAUACCUGUAGGUCAUUGGGAGUCAUUGGAGCUUGCUUUAGGACAUACCUGUAGGUCAUUGGAGCUUGCUUUAGGACAUACCUGUAGGUCAUUGGGAGUCAUUGGAGCUUGAGUUAGGACAUACCUGUAGGUCAUUGGGAGUCAUUGGAGCUUGCUUUAGGACAUACCUGUAGGUCAUUGGGAGUCAUUGGAGCUUGAGUUAGGACAUACCUGUAGGUCAUUGGGAGUCAUUGGAGCUUGCUUUAGGACAUACCUGUAGGUCAUUGCUAAUGUUUUAGGAAAUUAUUUUUUAAAUGUUGUGACAUUGAUAAAGAGGGAGUCUAGAGUGUGUUGUGUGGAAAGCAUAGUCUUUAAACAGGGUCGUUACUGUAUCCUACAUCCAUGUCACUCUUGAUCUUUAUUUUACAAUAUGAUUGGAAGAUAUCUUAGCACCUCAGAAAUAUUCUGUUUUAUACAUUCAGUCCAAGGAGACCAGGUGCACUGUAGUGUUGGUCUGAGACAGGUUGUGUCAGUGUACAUGUGCAUUAACGUGGGAUGUGUGAGCAUAUAAUCAUAUUUGAGAUUGUGUGGGUUUCUCUGGGAUAUACAGUACAAUCUUGGGGGAAAUCAUUUGACAUUUUCUCUUUGAGGUAUUGUAUUGAAUGUGCAGUAUCUUAUUUUUAGUUUUUAUUUGUCUAAUUGUCUGAUGUAAUGGGAUCUAUAUCAAAGAUGGUUAUGAGACCUAUAUUUUACCUGAAGGACAUUUCCCCUCUUAAAUGCCUUGUAUGGGUAUCAAGUAGCCAUCAUUAUUAAUAGCUAUAGAUCAAUUGUUAAUGUAAAUUACAUUUUAAUGGCAGUGUGUGUAUAGUAGACAUCACUGUUCAUGAGUACAGAUGCAUUUUCACUCCCACCAUACUGUAUAAAGCAAAACCAAAAGACCCCAUAUUAAAUCGCAUGGAGUAAAACUGA